AUGGCGACCACGCCGCCGGCGGGCAGGGACGGGGCCGGGGGCCGGAAGAAGAGGAAGCAGGGCGGCUUCAAGACCAUGCCCUUCAUACUAGUGAACGAGGUGUGCGACAGGUUCGCCACGGCGGGGUUCGGCGCCAACCUCAUCACGUACCUGACGCAGCAGCUGCACCUGCCGCUGGUGGAGGCGUCCAACACGCUCACCAACUUCGGCGGCACGUCCAGCCUCACGCCCAUCCUCGGCGCGCUCGCCGCCGACUCCUUCGCCGGCCGCUUCUGGAUCAUCGUCGCCGGCUCCGUCUUCUACCAGCUCGGCAUGCUCGGCCUCGUCGUCUCCGCGCUGCUCCCGUCGCUCCGGCCGCGGCCCUGCUCCCCUCCCGCGGCCCCGUGCCGCCGCGCCAACGGACUGCAGCUCGCCGUGCUCUACGUCUCGCUGCUCUUCACGUCCCUCGGCUCCGGCGGCAUCCGGCCGUGCGUCGUGGCCUUCGGCGCCGACCAGUUCGACCCGCAGGAGCAGGAGCAGGACGAGGAGGAGCGCCGUGGCGUCGGUGGGACGGACACGGAGGCGGUGGCCGGGAAGAAGCGGCAGUACUUCAACCUCUACUUCUUCACCAUGGGGUUCGCCGUGCUGCUGGCGCUGACGGUGGUGGUGUACAUCCAGGAGAACGUGGGGUGGGGGUGGGGGUUCGGGAUCCCGGCCAUCGGCAUGCUCGUCUCCAUCGUGGUCUUCGUGGUCGGCUACCCGCUCUACGUCCGGCUCAAGCCGGGCGGCAGCCCGUUCACGCGGCUGGCGCAGGUCGUCGCCGCCGCCUACAAGAAGCGGCGCGCCCCGCUGCCGGAGGACCCCCGCAUGCUGUACCAGGACAAGGAGCUGGACGCGCUCAUCUCCACCAACGGCAGGCUCCUCCACACCAACCAGCUCACGUUCUUCGACCGGGCGGCGAUCGUGACGCCGGGGGACGCCGCCGGCGCCGGGAAGGUGGACCUGUGGCGGCUGUCGACGGUGCACCGCGUGGAGGAGCUCAAGUCCAUCGUCCGCAUGCUGCCCAUCUGGUCGGCCGGCAUCCUGCUCGUCACCGCCGGCUCGCACAACAACAGCUUCACCAUCCAGCAGGCGCGCACCAUGGACCGCCACGUCACCCAGCACUUCCAGAUCCCGCCGGCCACCAUGUCCAUCUUCACCACCACCGCCAUGCUCGUCACCCUGGGCCUCUACGACCGCGCCUUCGUGCCGCUGGCGCGCCGCUUCACGGGCCUGCCGGCCGGGAUCACCUACUUCCAGCGCAUGGCCGUCGGGCUGGCCAUCUCCAUCCUCAGCGUCGCCACGGCGGCGCUGGUCGAGGCCAAGCGCCGGGGCGCGGCGGCCGACCACGGGCUGCUGGACGCCCCGGGCGCCGUGGUGCCGAUGAGCGUGUUCUGGCUGGUGCCGCAGUACGCCAUCCACGGCGUGGCGGACGGGUUCUCGUCGGUGGGGCACAUGGAGUUCCUGUACGACCAGGCGCCGGAGAGCAUGCGCAGCACCGCCGCGGCGCUCUUCUGGCUCUCGGCCUCGCUCGGCAGCUACAUGGGCACGGUGCUGGUGACGGCGGUGCAGAGCGCCACGCGGGGCGGCGGCGAGUGGCUCCAGGACAACAUCAACCGGGGCAGGCUGGACGCCUACUACUGGCUCGUCACCUGCCUCAUGGUGCUCAACCUUGGCUACUACCUCGUCUGCUUCCACUUCUACACCAUGAAGCCGCUGGAGGUGGCGGAAGACGACGGCGACCACGAGAAGGAAUGCGAGCUGUCCUCCGUCCACAAAAAUGGCGACGGCGGCGCCGCCGGCGGGCUGGUAUAA